AUGUCUCGAAUGAGUGAUCGCAUCCGACAUCUUGAGGAUGCACUUGCAAUCUUGCAAUCGAGCGUCUCGCCUGGCGAGCAACAUCCUCUGCUAAGCAGGGAUCUACUUUCGGUCAAGUCUAGCAUCGAACUCUAUGCCGCUGCGGAGGAGGACACUACCGCCAGUGGGAAUUCAAACGUGGACGAACUGUCUAGCAAUAUCGAAGCGUUUGGUACGUUGGCAUUGAGGGACGACGGUGCCGCGACAUUUUAUGGUCCCUCUGCUGGUGCGGAGAGCUUACUGAUAGGAGAAACCGCCGGUGUUUCACUGCCAUCAGUUGCAGGAGACACUGAUUCAUCGUGUGACUUGCCCAAGAAAGUGAAGCGCCUUUCAGCGUUGUUUCCAUUCCCCCCGCCCGCAUUCCAAGGCGCCAUUGAUCUCGACUACCUAAUACACAACUGGCUUCCUCCUUGGAAACGUGCUCAGCAACUAAGUGAACUGUAUUUGUCCCAAGCACCGUGGUUCUUCGGCCCGGUGACCAGGCGACAGUUAAUGGAAGAGUGUCUUCCAUCAUGGUACAGUGAAGCUAGAGAUCUUAUCCCUUCGGGUCCAGUGACGUCCACAUUGGAAUCCAGCACUGAACAUUUCAGCAAAGGCCCACACGACCUAGCUUUACUCUUCGUUGUAUUUUGUCUUGGGGCGCAGAUGGAUGAUGCACUGCCUUCCGCACCCGAUAAUGAGGAAGCACGUAUAUAUGUCGAGCUAACGAGGGCGGCGCUGAACCUUGAGCCAGGAGUUUUCGGCGGUGACAAUAAUGUUGAGGGCAUGUGGAAUAUACUCGGGCUUGCAACGAGGUUGGCGCAAAGUAUUGGCCUCCGUUCAGAUCGUGAUUGUGUUCGCUGGCAUCUACCGUCCUCAGAAAUCCAGAAAAGACGGUCUUUAUUCUGGGAGCUCUAUAUCACUGACUGUUGGCAGGCACUUGCAACGGGACGCGUUGCAACAUUUCACCUGCCAUAUGUUGACUGUGAACUACCGAAUGAUCCAGAUGCAAGUAUUAACGACGAUGGCUCCGUGGUUCCUAGUUUUCCAGCCUGGAGAGCGAAAUUUGCACGUGAUUGUGUGUCUGCUGUAAUUAAGCACAUGCAAGCUGCAAAAGUCCCGAAGUACUCUGAUAUCACUGAGCUUGAUCGGAAGAUUCGAGAUAUGAAUUUACCGAUCUAUGCACAGUGUCCUCCUAAGGCGGGGGCAGGACUGGAGGAGACAAUGAAAUACUACAUGCCUUCUAAUUACCGGAACAUGACUCUGCUGUAUAUUCAUCGAUGUUUCUUUGCCGAGGCUGUCUCCAGCAACCCUGCGAAUCCAAUGAAAAGCCCAUAUGCACCUUCGUUCUUAGCGGGCUAUCGAAGUUCCUGGGAAUUUCUUGCGAGCCUACGCAAUCAAUUUGACCUCCACCCAGUCCAAAUCGCACGUUUGUGGUGUAUAUGGUCGCACGCAUUUUCGUCUGCUGUUGUACUAUCCUCUGUGGUGACGCACACUACAAGUAGAGGUACACGGUCGAAGGUUACCAGUGCCGCCCUGGCAGGAUUUCGCAGGGCUGUUGACCUCUUCAAAGAUGCCUCCACAUAUGGUAGUCGUGCGGGCAAAUUUCUGCCUAUCCUUCAGCGACUCUUGCAAAAGGCGGAGAACGCCCAUAAGACUUCUACUCCAGUAGUGGACCAUAACAAGGAUAUUUUUACUCUAUCGGCCCACGACGGACCCAAAGACGAGCUGACUAUCUUCAGUGGUCAGACCCGCAAGGUAUCAAUAAAGGCACCGGUGAGGUCCACACUGGGAUCCGGCAGCGGUCGCUCUGUCACUGCUGCCAUAGAAGACCCCACCCGGCCUGAGGCGGCUGGCACCUCAGACAUGGAAGUUACAAACUUCCCGAACUUACAUCCUAUGCUGCGUGAACAGUGGUUGGAUUUUGAUGGACAUCUCAACUCUGAGAUAUCUGACGCUCGAUGGGAUGAUGGUUGUUCCGAACAAGAUAGUGAGGCUCCUCUUGAGGGCGGAUCACUGACUACGGAGAACCAAUGGCAACCCGCCCAUUCCUCAUUUCCUGGGGUUGCACGACAUCCUCCGUUUCCGCCGACAUCUUCCAUUGGGUACUCUACGACAUGGCACGGAAGGAGUCACAGGGAUCGUCAGUCGAUGGAACAGGUUACCGAACAACGUGCGCAGCUUCAUUUCUCCUCACCUGUACCGUCGAUUGGGCCGCACCAGUUCCAACCAGAUGCGAGCCAGUUCUCUCACUCUCAGUCGGAAUUCCCGCUGCCAUGUCGUAACCACAUGUCUCACCCUCCACCUCCGGACCCACAUCAAGUCGAACACUACGGAAAUGACAUAAGUAGCUACUCGGAUUCAACAUUCCCGCAUAACAAUCGGUCACACUAUUUUCAUUCAGACUCUGUCGUCGACCGUCAGCCAUACUCCUUGCAACAAAGUGGGGUUGGGUCGCAGCAUCGCAACUCUGUACAUUCCUCUUCUAAUCACAUUCCAGCGACCCAACCCGUUGCAUUUCAUCCCGCGACCGACUAUGUACCUGAACAUCACCUGCAGGAGACCUGGCAGUCGUUCGGCAUUUAUGUUGGGUCCCCAAGACCCUUCCCAAUGUAG